ACCACUCUUGUGUCGCCUCUUUGGCAUGUUACGGUUACUGUGCGAUGAAGAUACAACGCCUGAAUGUGUGUGUGACAUUGUGGAGAUACUGGAUGCUGGCUAUCUUCUCUGGGUAUUCUUUAGCAAGCUCUAUAUCUCUGACACACUUCUCAUCAUCACUCAAGCUUAUAUCACCUCAAUACUUACCUAGGCUGCAGGUAACUGCAAACAUGCUUGUGCGUCCCCACACCACUGAACAAUAUCAACAUCUGACCAUCACUAAAGAUGUAGGACAAACUGGAAACACCCUUAAGGAUAAGAUACAGGAGUUAAAGGAGAAUAUUCUACAUAGAAAUGUCUGUUUUGAUGAUUCACUCUACGUCGGCAGUUUGUCUAAGGAAGUUCAUCAUACCAAAAAUAAUAGAGGCAUUCUCUUCUUUUAUCCGGAGGAAGACUUUGAUUAUGUGCAGAUAAUAAUAGAAAUUUUACAAGGUAAAACGAUUUCGGAAUUUUCCAAACUAAACCUUUGUGUCAACGAAACUCACCGCUGGUAUAAACUUGAAUUCCAUGUUUGUAAUGAUGAGAAAUUUUUCGACAAUUGGAGAAUUGCUGUCACAACAGAGUCUUGUUCGACAACAAAAAAAACAGACAGCUGGUAUUUCCUCGGUAAGUUCUCCUCCAUUAAGGUUAUAGCUAAGGGAGGUUCUUAUUGGAGGACAAGUAAAUGUAUAAUCCCUACCACGGAUACCAACACAACGGGAGGCGAGUCUGAGGCACCAGUAUCAACUACAUAUUCAUCAGUAAGGAAUACUACAAGCAAUUCUCAACCGUCUGAUCAUACGACGAUAUUGAUUGUUGCUACACUAGUGAUACUGUUAUUUGUCUUCAGUGUUGUUAUCGUUGUGAUCGUCGUUUAUGGAUGCAAAAGAAGAGGCGAUAGAAACAAGACACCACACCACUCACCGUCACACAAUGAGUCAAGAUACCCGACCGACCCGGUCUACGGGAAUGUGAGUUUGGACGAGCUACAAGGAGGAAGAGAGUCAUACUCAGAUGAACAUAUCUACGAGACUGUGAGUUUGGAGGAGCUGCAAGAAAGAAGAGAAUCGCACCAUGACAGUGAGAACAGCAUCUACGGCGGCAUCAGUGAAUCCCCAGUACGGACUAGCAACAGAAAUUCAGCCCAUGAUAGAACAUAAAAAUGGAUUAACACUGCGGCAGUCCUACUGGCCCAUACCAGUGAAUCAAGAACCGUGCACUGCGCUGAGUGCUGGGCGUAGUGUGGAGGUACUUCGCUACUAGUGAGUCUCUGCACACCAGGAGAAGAACCAGGCGUUGAACGUCUUCUGGAAAGGUCAGCGACAGGCAAAUCGACCAACUGGAAACACACCAAGACUCAUGGACAACGUACCUUGAUCAAACCAUUAGACGACCACACAACCCUCUAAAAAUAUUUCAGUUUGUUUACAACCCUGCUCCUCCUCCUCUAUAUACCUAGUCCCUAACUAAAUUUUUCUGUUCUGCCCUCUGCAGGGGUGGACCUUAAGAUGCUCUUUUCAUGCCAUCAGUACCUAAUCUCUUUGAAUUUUACCUACCAUAGCAUUCGAGAAACAGCAAACCUAGCAUUUCACUUUAGUCCUUACAGAAGUUGCCAGGUUGAGUAUUCAGAAUGAAAUAAUCAUUACAAUAGUAAUUUAUGGAGAAAAAAAAACACUAAUUGCCAACAUGUCCUCUUGAUGACAGCAAAAACAUAAAAAUUACAAUUUUGAAAAAAAAAAAAAAACAUACUUAGAAAUAUGAUAGAAACAAGCUGAUUGCAUCAACAUGUUGACAGAAUUUUGCACUAUUAUUUGGUAAGAAAACAUUAAUUUCCAUAAUUUUUCAACUUCAAUUUUAAAAUCUCUCAAAACAAAAUGUCUCGGCCCCUUCAGGAGUCGGGUGUUGGGGUAAGGUAUGGGCCAAGAGAGGGGGUGCGGUUUUUCGAAUUUCGCGAUGUUUGCGGAAAUUCAUUUAGCACAGUUUACAAAAUUCAAAAUCUUUUCAUUUUAUCUCCUAAAGAAAAUACUUAAUAAAUUUUAUUUAAUUGCUUAGAGGAAGCAAUAGAAGCAUGUUUCAACUAAUCUAUCCAUGUGAAUGUGAUGUGUCUACACGAAUGGUAUACAAUACCGACGAGAUGAAAAUUUAGACACAUGUGCAACAUCUAGGUAUCUUUAUCGUAGACGUUUCUCCAUCCAGUGGCUUUAUCAAUACAAAUUCAAGGUGUGUGGAUGGUUGACCUAUCUAUAAAUGUAUUCUUAUGCAAUUUAAACAUUGCUUGCAAUGUUUGUAUGUGUAUCCACAAGAGCUGGGCGUUGACUUCACCAUGAACCUGACUUGUGUUGGGGAUUUCCAUAAAGAAAUUCUGGCAACAGUAGUUGCCUGAACAAGCGAGUGACUAAUCGGUCAUCCUUAAGAUAUCAUCUAUUCUUUCUGUAUUUCAAGCAGCAUGUUUGUCUGCAAACUAUAUGAUGGGGUUUGCAUACAUUUAACAUUUCACAGUUUGCUUUCACCGUUGGCAAGACUACUCUCCUAAGCACAGUCUGCGGACAAAGCCCAGCAUUUUAUUCUAGUUUACAGUGUAUAACAAGGAUAUUUCUUCAAUCAUUCAGGUUUCUGCGUAUGACCUACAGGUUUAACGCUUUUUCAUGAUGAAAAACAAAUACAGUGGACCCCCGCAUAACGAUCACCUCCGAAUGUGACCAAUUAUGUAAGUGUAUUUAUGUAAGUGCGUUUGUACGUGUAUGUUUGGGGGUCUGAAAUGGACUAAUCUACUUCACAAUAUUCCUUAUGGGAACAAAUUCGGUCAGUACUGGCACCUGAACAUACUUCUGGAGUGAAAAAAUAUCGUUAACCGGGGGUCCACUGUAUUUCAUUCAUAAUAGCGGGAAAAUUGAAUUUCACCUGUAUGAAAAUUUUCAGUAAUGGUUAUGGGUGAGGAAGCUUUAAGGAAGGUUGGUGGAGUAAUUCAGAGUUUUGGGGAUGCUACGAGUAUGAGAGUCAAUUUAAUGAAGUCCAAAUUAUUAGAGGUGGGGAAUUGGAUUGGUGGGAGCUUGGGGGGUUGGGAUGGACAGUAGUAGAUAGAAUUAAGGUUUGUGGGGUAUGGUACAUGGCGCAGGUGCAAGAUUGCAGGAGGGCAAGGGAUGUGGCAUUACAACCGAGAGUAUUGGUGAUUAACUCGCUUGUCUACAGUAAGGUGUGGGGGGUGGCUGAGGUGUUUCCUUUAAGGGUACAGGACAUUAUGGAAAUCCAGAGGAGGGUUUUUAGGUAUGUGUGUGUGGGUUUGUGAGGGCUUGGUUACAUAAGGAAGUAGUAAUGAUGGAUGUGUGGCUAGGGGGUCUCGGCCUGUUGGCGUUGGGUCCUAGGAUAAUGACUUUAUAUGUUAAGCAGAGGUAUAUAAGGGCAGGGGAGAUUGGGGUAUUAGGGUGGGCAGGGUGAUGAAGGAUGCCCAACGUUGGUGGUGUGGUAGGGAUUUGAGGGAUUGUGAGGAUAUGUGGCGGUUUUUAUUGACAGUACGACAGGUGACAAAAUUAAAGGUAAAAAGGUUGGUGGGUGUGGUGGGGGUUAGGGUGUUUGUGAAGGCUUACUCAGCCCUGUAACAACUUCAGUCAGUAUUACUAAGGCUGGCUCCUCCUCAGGAAAAUUAAUGUAUAGAAAAAGAAUAAAAACUGACAAACAUAAACACUUUAUUAUUUAGAAAAUAUAAAAUAUAAAACACUUAAAUAUGAAAUAUUGAUCCUACAUUAAAGAAAAUGAAAAACAUAAAUAUCUGAAUUCAACGCUAAUAUAUAUAAAACUUGGGUGUCUGGUGUUGGUGACAGCGUGUUGUUGAAAUCGUAGCCGCUGCUGAUGAUGGGGGGGGGGUCGCAGGUGUUGGUUACAACCCACUGGCUAGUUCUUCACAGUAUAGCCAUGAUUAAUCUUUCCAGAUGACAGGAAAGCAGGUUUUUUUUUCACUGCAAUGAUGAGGGGUUAUAUCCUGCUACUUGCAUACACAAACAGGUAAGUGGAUCAGAAUUUGGGACAUCUCAGAACGUUAGUCCGUCUCCUUCAAUUCUACGCGUUGAUUGGCAGGUGACCCUCUCUGUCAUCCAAGCUGGAAAGAUAGACAGGUUACCCACUGCUUAAGAAAUCACUCUCCAUGAUAAGUACAAUACCUAACAAGUAGCCGGCAAGCAAACUAUCACUUUCGGGGAGGGGGAAAAAGAAGGAGGGGGGGGAAUAGUGGGAGCUGGACUUACCCUACCUUAACAAGUAGCCGGCAAUGAAACUAUUGUUACUAUAUACUUCAUUGCUACUCCUAUCUAUUGAACUUUUGCCCUCACAGUGUUUUACAAGGGGUCAUUGUAUACCCAUCGUAUAACUGGCAGUUCAUAUGGAGAGAUUUUAGGUUGCUUAGGAUACCAGCGAGGGUACAGGAGUUGGUAUAUCGAUUUCUAAUGGGAAUUUUGGCCUCUAAGGAUGAGCUGCAUCAAAUGUGGGGACAUCGAAACGGCUUUUCAUGCAGUAUAUUUUUGUCCCUCUCUGGAGAGGGUGCUUUCAUGGAUGGGGGGUGUUUUCAGAAUGUUGGGGGGAGGGAGUUGGUCGUUCCUUAGGGUUUUGUUGUUGGAUGUAAGUGGGGUGUCAGGGGAUGUGGGAAGGGCUUUGAUGUAUGUAAUGAUGAAUUAUUUAUGUUUCUUGGGGGAUGAGGGAGGUAAAGGGGGAUUUCAGGAUCAAUGCGUUAGCGGCGAGGUUUUACAGAACGAUGUGUAGGAAUAGACUAGUCUACGGGGGCGCUGGGAAACCAGGUUCUCGGAGGGUUACCGGAACCUCACUGUGGGUAGCCUCCUUCAGAACCCAGGGGGCGGGCAAGGGGUUGGUCUCCUUCCGAGGGAUGUGGGUAAGGUAGUGCAGCAGCGAAGUGGUGUUGUGUGUGAGGGGAAUGAAUGAGUAACGGUUUGAGGUAUGUAAUAGCUUAAUUUUAACCUCUGGUUGUGUUUCCUUGGGAUCUCGGUGUUAAGUACAGUCCUGUGCAACAUUUAUUCCAUGUACAUUUCAUUGAUGUUCAACAAAAUAGCGGUUUUAGGUUGGUGAAUUGGUUAAGCACCUGGUAUGACAAAUGGUGCGUCAUUCGUUAAGUGUGUGGUAACGUAGCAUUAGGGUAUGGGUAUGUUCAUGUGCUAUAGAAGCUUUCUAUACUGAUGAUUACUGUGACCUAGUUCAGUUUUAUAUGUUAUGUGGUAAUGUUAGGGUUUAACUGAUAAAUAAACAUGUACGUAGGUAGCCUUUGAGAACUUCAUUGUUACAAUGUUCUUAGUGAUGUUAAUAAUCACUUGCAAUGCAUUUAUAUGGCCUGGUUGAGGUCACUGUAUUUAAGUAUGUCAUGUUCUCAAAUACGUCAAGAGUACGUUAUUCGUAUGAUUUGUUCCUGUAUCACCAAUGCUGGUAAGACUUAUUAAAUAUGUUUCUUGCUUAAUGAUAAUCCAGGAUGUUUGUUUUGGUGUGCGUGUGUGUGGGGGGGGGGGGAAGUGACAAAAUUUUAAGUCACUAUCGGUAAUAAUACUAUUUGUAUGAUAAUGAGUGUCGAAUGGUGUGCUGUGUGAGAGGGUGUAAUACCACUAUAAUGCAUGGUGUGGUUAUUCUGUGUUUGGGUCAUUUUGGGAUUCCUGAGAAUUAAUCAAUUUUCAUAUACCUUUUUAAAAUAUUUAUACCACCUUGUAUUGUAUUGUUUUAAAUAAUAUAUAAAAAAAUAACAUUACACACCUGUCACUCUAGUGAUAAGUAUACUAAUUGAAAUAUUAAUGCAUAUUGUAGGUUUAGUGAUCCUUUAUGUUUAUAAUAAUACUAAUGCAUAUUGUAAUAUAUCUUGGUUGAUGUAAUGUAUAAUCUUGUGUAAUCUUGUAUUUAACGUAUGUGUAAAGGGAUAUAAUGCACAGGGGAUGAGGGACAGUUUGUGUCAGCACAAAGUUAAACGUUCAGUGUGUAUUUCGACAAUGUAAUCUUAUAAUUUCUGUGGAAGAUCCGAUACUGUGUUCUUUUAUUUAUUUAAUGUAUUGUAUUGUCUUAAAUAAAAUAUAAAAAAAUUGAAAUGCCA